AUGAAGUUAUCUCUCUGUUAUUUUAGAACAGCCCUCGUGCUUGCUGCACAUUGUAAAUCACCAAGUAUAGUCACUCUUCUUCUUGAGCAAGAUACUGAUGUUUUUCAUGAAGAUAUCUUUGGAUGGGCUGCAAAAGAUUAUCCCACUGCUAGUGGUUUACAUAAUAUUCACCACCAAACUUCAGAAUAUAAAGAAGAAAAGAUACCUGACAACGCUUCUCAAAAUAACAAUGCAGUGGAUGGAAUUUCUGAAGACCGUACAAUCAGGAUUUCCAGCAACAUGGGUAUUGAUGAUAUACGACCUACAUCAUAUGGUGAAGACUUCAGUGUCAAUACCAAGGGUGUUCCACAACGAAGCUUAACAAACUUAAUUACUGCUUCUCAGAGAUCCAGGAAAAACUUAGAAGCAAAAUAUUGUACUGUGAGAACAGAUGAUGGAAUCGUGUUUGAGGACAAGAUCUGUGAUCAUCCAAAUGAAGAUGUGCUUGAAUCCUUUCCUACAACAUCGGCCAAAGUUCAGGGCUUUUCACAUCCUUCCUUUCCAUCACCUGAUGCUCCUCUGAAACCUUCCUUUCCAUCAUUGGAGAACUGUGGCCUUACAGAGGUUUCUAACUUGUCUUUUGUGUAUCCAUAA